UAUUUAGUGGUGGAGUUUGUGUUUGUACUGUACGUACAGUACUUCUGUGUUGUAGUAAUGCAUUCAUCCAUACAUUCGCUGUAUUGCUAUUGAAUUGAAUUUCCACUCAAUUCAUAGACAACUACUAGUAUUGAGUCUCACUAUAAAUGCCAUUCAAUUCACAACAAAAAUACACUGAAUUUCAUAUAUAGUGUAUACGUAAAGAUGGUCGCAAUCGACUGAACCACAAAAUCACCAUCAUCAUCUUACAACACCCUUUAUCACCACAAUAUACAUCUAUACUUUUGUCUCAUAGCGUGUGUGUUAUUGUGUUUUCCUAAUUAAAUAUUGACAUUAAAAUUGAAUAAUAAUUAUAUACACAAUACAAGUGUAAUGUCUAUACAGCCUAUGAUUACAUCAAUUCAUUAGACGUUUUCAUUCAUCCAAAAUAUUUAUUUAUUUUAACUUUUUGUUUGUUUUCUGCGGAUAUCAUAUCAUUGUUAACAAUGAAUGCAUUCAGAAAAUCAAUUGAAUUUUUUAAUUUCAAACACAAAUUAAUUAUUUAAUAAUUGAAUUGUGAAUUCAAUCAUAAUAUUGAACAAUAAGUUGCAAAUUGAAUGCUAGGAAACAAAUAAUGCAUUUCUCGAUAGCAGACACUCAACUCAUUAAAGACCAAAAUCAUUCAUUUGUCACAUAUAAUAUAUCAAUCAAUGGCUCAUUUCAUUGUUCCCUAAGAUAUAAACAAUUGUAUAAUUUUCACGAUCAGCUGAAGAGGACAUUUGGUGCCAACACUUUGCCAUUGUUUCCGCCGAAGAGGUUAUUGCCAUUGACUGCAACUCAGACCGAAGAGAGACGAUCUCAGAUCGAGAAAUACAUUCAAAUCAUAAGUCAAGACCAACGGAUAGUAUCCAGUGAUCUGUUCAAUGGAUUCUUUCUCAAUGGACAACAGGAAACACAAAACACCAAAAAAGAUGAAGUGAUUCUCGAUGUGUUUCAAAUGAAUUGGCAGUCAAUCAAAGUGCAGAUCUUAUCCACCGAUCGGACAGACAUUGUGUUGGAUUCGGUGUCCAAAGCGCUGGAAUUGACGCCACAAUUGAUUCCAUACUUUAAUCUGUUUGUUGUCAAACGGGUCGACAAUAUAUGCAUUCCCAUCAGAAAACUCCAGAACUUUGAGUCCCCGUAUCUCACGCUUCGGACACUGAAUUCGGUGGACAGCAGUCACGCGAUAGUCAUCCGGAAGUCCUAUUGGGACUCCAUUUACGACGACGAUCUCUUCGACGACAGAACUGCUGUCAAUAUAUUAUAUUUCCAAACACUCCAUGACAUUGAAAAGGGUUUAAUUCAAGCCAAUAAAGAGAUACGAAGACAGUUGACAUCUCUUCAGGCAAAAGGAUCCAAAACAGAAUAUUUGCAAUUAUCGCGAACUUUGAAAUAUUACGGAUACAUUCAAUUCGAGCCAUGUUUUUGUGAUUUCCCGCAACAAAACACUCGGGUUUUAAUCGCCGCCGGAGGCAAAGAGCUUAACAUAAGGGCCUAUACGGCAGCGGCAAUUUUGAUGAGCGUUUGUUUGCAAGGAAUGGUUGAAGAGUUACUUAUGAAACGAAAUGGCAAAAAGAUUAAGCGCGAAGAGCCGGCGCUCCCGACCGUUAGUAACGGCUUCGGCGGCACUCGAAGGGGUUCCUGGAGUUAUAUGAAGAGAGACGGCAGUAGUCAUCAAAUAUCACUUCCCAGAAGUGUGUCCACAGAUGCAGGUCUGACCAACUCUGGCGCCGAACUUCAUAAUAAACCAUUGAAGUCAUCCCAUUCCUCACACAACGGAUUUCCUACAAAAUCGCGACAUUUUGUAGAAAACGAUGCCUUCAAUGGAAUCGGAGAUAUCGGUGACGACGACUUAUAGGACAAUAUAAUUGUUUUAAAAAACGGUUAAGUCUUUUAUACUACGAAACAAAAUAAGUAUUUUUAGGACAAAACAUAUUGUGUAUACCAUUUCGCAAAAUAGCGGCCAAAACAAUGAAUUUGAAGUGUUUUUUAGGAAUAUAUCAAAACCGACUAUAGAUUUGCC